GCUAAAUAAUAUAUUAAUAUAUUAAGCUAAAUAAUGUUUGCGAUUGUGGAACAUAUCAUUAAAUAUCGAACUUAUGAAUUUCUUCAAUCUGAAGAUGCAAACUCGGUUGAGAGUCAUGAAGAUAUAAAUGUUGACAGCAAAUUUCUACAAGUUUUAAAAUUAUCGUUUGAAAUAAAAAACUCACAAAUGAAGCAAAUACCUUUUAAAACAAAGAAAAAGAUUAAAACUCUAGAAGCUAAAAUGGAAGAUUUAUUUCGAAGUACAACUAUGACAACAAAUGUAACAUUAGAUAAUAUUAUAGUUCUUGCAAUAGCUUAUCUUAACAUGGGUCUAAUAUACGUUGAUUCUAAAGAAGAGAAUGAAUUAUGUGCUGGUAAAAACUAUUUCAUGAGAUGUAUUGAACUAUUAAAAGGAAAAGAGUUGGACCGUAAAGCUAUUUUAACAUCUAUAGAAGUAUACACUAAAUUACAAUGUAUUUUGAACAAACUACAGAAACCAAAGACAUCUGAAUUAUUAUAUGAAGCAAUGGAAUUAUAUCUGAAAUACACAGAGGAAGAAAACAAGUAUCCCAAUCCUAUUAAUAUUCCAAGCAUUCUUGGUAUUGAGAAAGAAAAAUCAAAUUCUCGGCUUUUGCUAGCUGACGUUUAUUUAACUACUGUAGAUUAUUUAGUAAAACGAUAUAAAGAUUCGCCUAAAAAUGAUGAUAAAUUAGUAAUAUACAUACAUAAUUUAUUGAACAAAGAAAUACCUGAAACAAUGAAGUUUCAAAAUGUAGGAUGUUAUUAUUGGGCUUUAGCAUCAAUUGAUUUAACCCAAUAUUUCUUAUGCAAUCAUCGUUUUACUGAAGCUAGACAUCAUCUUGCUGCUGCUGAUUAUAUAAUGGAAGAAUUUCAUAAAUUUAUAAAUGAAACAAUUUCCUCUGAAUAUUAUACUUUAAUGCUUGAUAAAUAUCAAAAUGCUCAUGCUAAUAUUGCUAGAUAUUGGGCUACCUAUGGAAAUAAACUUUUAUGUUCAUCAAAAGAGAAAUUGUUCCAAAGAAAUGAAGAAUCUUGCAAAACUGAUAAUUCAAAAUCAGAAUCUCUUAUGAGUUCUGAAAAGAAUAUAACAGAUUUUUUAUUAUUUACUGACUUCAAAAAGGAUUUAAGAAAUAUUACUAGUACAAUCACAGAUACAUAUGUAUCAAAUAUUAAUGACGCCAAAACAGUUUUUGUGAAUAUUUUGAAAUGGCUUAAUACAGCAAAAUUAUAUUUUACUAUAGAAAAUAAUUUUGUAAUUUAUGGACAGACGUUAUUAGAAAUUUCUAAAGCCUACAAGUAUCUUGCAUAUUUUGAACAUUCGAAAGACAAUCUGAUAAAACUAUAUAAACGGCAAAUAGAUCACUUGGAAGAUGCCAUUAAGGAAUUACAUCCAAAAGCUAAAAAAAAGGAAGAAUUGUACAUUUGCAAAAUUAUUCACUUUGAAUUAGGAAUUGCUUAUUCUACAUUUGCAAAUUCAGAAACAUGUCAAUCGAUGAAAAAUGCCACAAAACAUUUUACUUCAUACUUAAAUAUGUCUUAAGAUACAUGGAUACAUUUGGACAUUUAUCUUUGAAUAUUUAAUUUUUUUUCUGA